AUGGAAUCUCAGUUUGGUGGCUAUGAAAAAUAUUUGUACCCAAACAGAGAAGUCCCUGUCCCUUUACCAGAAGACUUCUAUAAAGCAUGGUUAGCCGGUGACACGACACGACCGCCAUCUCAAGGGUCGGAUCUCCAAAGAGGUGACUUCACUGAGCCCCUAAUAAGUCCUCCUGCUUCGAAUUCCAUAGUUGACCAGCUCAUACGUGAAAAUCAAGAUCUCAUCGAGAAGGAAGCGUUGAAGCAGGCUGCAGCUGAAGCUCUGAAUAUCAAUACUGCUCAGUAUUCGAAUCUCAUACCUCUGUCAUUUGAUCAAGAAGAAUUCAUCAGGCAAGAAGAAGAAAAGCGGAUGAAACAGCGGGAGAAACUGCAAAACACACUGCGGCUAAAGAAAUGA